GCCAGUAAUGGUCGUGAGCAUGCGCAGUUUGUGAUGUGUCCUCCAGGUCCAGGACGGGCCUGGGCGGAGGUCAGGGACCGGGGAGCGGCUCUGGGCAGCGCCAUGAGGAGGCGACAGCGUCCUGGGCAGCAACGGGUGCUCCUGUAGGUUGAUGCAGGUGGAGGCUGCCUGUGGACCAGACAGUGAUGGUCGGUUAUGACCCCAAAUGUGAAGUGAAGUCCAUCUCAGCUGUGGAAGUAGCUCUGGCAGGAUCUGCAUCUGGGUUUGUCACUCGGGCUCUAAUCAGCCCUUUGGAUGUCAUCAAGAUUCGCUUUCAGCUUCAGAUUGAACAAAUAUCCUCCAGAAAUCCACUGGCUAAAUAUCAUGGCAUCUUGCAAAGCACACACCGGAUCCUUCUUGAGGAAGGGCUGACAGCGUUCUGGAAGGGGCAUGUGCCUGCUCAGCUCCUUUCAGUCAGCUAUGGAGCUGUCCAAUUUGUGACCUUUGAGUGCCUGACAGAAUUGGUGCACAAUGCCACACCAUACAACGCUCGCAACUUCAUCGUACACUUUGUUUGUGGUGGCCUGGCUGCUUGCACUGCUACCAUGACCGUUCAGCCCCUUGACACACUACGUACCCGCUUUGCUGCUCAGGGCGAGCCUAAGGUUUACCGAAACCUUCGCCAUGCCGUGGUAACCAUGUACCAGACAGAAGGGCCUCUGACCUUCUACAGGGGUUUGACUCCCACUAUCAUUGCUGUCUUUCCAUACGCUGGUCUCCAGUUCUCCUUUUACAAUCUCCUGCAACAAUUGUAUGAAUGUGUGAUGCCAUUCGAAGGUAAUGUUAAAAACCUUGUGUGUGGCAGUUGUGCCGGAGUUAUCAGCAAAACCCUUACUUAUCCUUUUGACCUGUUCAAAAAGCGGUUGCAGGUGGGAGGCUUUGAGCAGGCCCGGGCAGCCUUUGGGCAGGUUCGGACAUACAAGGGUCUAAUGGACUGUGCUGGACAGAUUGUGCGAGAGGAGGGGCCUGUUGGAUUGUUUAAGGGUCUAUCCCCCAGCUUGCUGAAGGCUGCUCUCUCUACUGGCUUCACCUUCUUCUCAUAUGAGUUCUUCUGUAACCUGCUAUAUUCCCUGAAGGAUACUAGUGGUACUAAGAGACAGGAGGGCUGAUGGGGCAUAACCCAUCAGCUGCAACUGCUCUGUGGAGGAGUAAGACUGUUGGUCCCAUUGUCACAUGAAGUGGGAUGGGGGAUGGCUCCUCCCUGCCACUGCUUUGCAAAUAUAUCUCUACUAGCUUUGGAGGAAGAUGUGGUUGGAACAAAACCAAAGGACGUGACUGCAGCUUUUGUUGAGGUCUGAGCAUCUUCCACCAUCAUCAGUACUCACUUUGGGAGAAGGGGUUUUAUAAUCAGCUAAUGCUACAACUCAUCUGGUAACGUAUUCCUAAGAGGCAUCUGAUCAAGAGUGUGAAAUCCUUCAUGCACUGGAACCCAUCUGGCUUAGCUAGUGCCACUCAGCCAAUGUCAAAUGGUGUUACACCUGCCAAGAUUCAGCCUUCUCCUUAGGGCCUGUCCAUUGUGCUGCAUAUUCAUCUCCCUGGUGUACUGGUAAGCCCUCCCUUAUUCUGCAUAGACACUUUUUUUUCUCUUUGCCACCCAGAUUUUCUGCUCAUUGACAUUUAUAAGACAUCUUAAACAUAGCGUCAUCUGGCAAAGUUUAUGCCCAUCUUGAAUUGUUUUCUCACUACAAGUGGCAAGCUUAAUUUUAUUUUAUAAAUGCCCCUUACUCUGCUUAUGUGUUCUGCUGUGGGGCCUCUCAGGGUCUGUUUUAUGAGUGUAAUGCUCCAACAAACAGGUGUGCAGGUCUAAUGCUAUUUGCUCUCAAGUUUUUCAGUGCACAAAACCCAUUAUUAUUUUGCACUGAUGUGCAGGAUUCUGCUUUGCUAUUAGAUUGUCAUGAUUAAGUAGAUGCUAUGAAGAUUUUUUUUAACCUACCUUAAAAUAAUGAAGGAUAGCCCUAUGGAAACUAGUGAAUAUUGUUUUUAAUGUAUUACUUUCUCUGGAUUAUUUUUUGGAACAAUAUUUUUUUUAUUAGGUCCCAAAAACAUUUUCACCCUCUUGCAAGAUAACUCAGACAUGAGAGUUACUGUGCAAUGAUGCUCGCAAUCAAAGGUAUUUUUGCCAGAUAUGUCAUUAUGGAAAGCAAUUGAUGUGAUGCUGAAGAAGCAAGCAUGUCAAUUUCAGCUCCAUUCAAAUACUGCUGAGUAAAAUAAUUCUCUUUCAGAUAGAGGGAGAUAGAAGAACACAUCUUUCCUAACAAAUUCAGAGUCACCAAAGGGUUUUACAGAGUUAAAAAUAUAAACCAUCAUUUGUACAAUAGCAGAAUGAUAGUCACGCUUUUACUUCAUCUUCUUAAGUUAAGCAGGAUGGUGCAAAGUAAGUGAUGUGGAGCAAGCUAAUCAAGGUGAGGAAGGCUGGUAGUCAUAUGGAAGACGUCCAAGGAAAAUCUACAGUACUCCAAAUAAGUAUAAUGCAGAGUAUGACUCAGAGGGCAAAAAAACAUCAUGUUGAGCCCAAAACCUACAUAGAAUUAGAGACCACUGUGUUACUUCCAGAUGAGAAUAAAACAGAGGUCCUAAUUUCUCAGUCCUACUGACUUUUCCCCAAGUAAUUUAGGUUCAUUUGAAAAUAUACCAUUAUCCUCUGAUAAAACAGACUGAGUUCAGGAUUGUAGCUGAUCUUUGGCUACCAAUAGAGGGGAAAUUAGGGUUGCCUAGAAGGUAGAAAAUAGACCACAGCAGCACAUCUCUGAACUAUGCCAUGGCCAAAAAGUCAGUGUGGGGAAUACGCACACUGCAUCUAUCCCCCCAGAAUUGGGUGGCUCUUCAGAUUCUUCAUGAUCUGUCACUGAAUUGCUAUAAAACUCCUCUGUAGUAAUGUAAGCAUAUCAUAGAAGGAAGCUAACCGUAGUCAACUUUAAAUAACUGGAAUUGCAGAGUAGAGUAUAAAGUGAUUAUUUCUCUCUGAUCACCAUAGAGCCUAGGAAUUGCUGAGAACCUGAUGCAGCUGGGAGAUUCGUUCUUUAAAUUUGGUGCUGGGGCUUGGGACAGACCUGAGAUCUGUCAGACAGGCGGCUUUAGAAAAAUGGCAUGAUUGCUCUGUGUUAGUGGGUGGGAAUUAGUGCCCUCUAUAGUAGAAUGAAAAGACAAACCAUGAAACAAUCAUUUCACCUCCUGCCUUCCUAAUGUCUUUAAAAUAUUUCUAAUGUGCACUUCAUUAGUCUUUAAAUUCAAGUCACAUUAUAGGUGGAUGACAUGAGAGCAUUGGUGCCAUUAAGUAAAGAAGAGAGAGACUGGUUUAAAACAAAGAAUUAGCAGGAUGGCUCUUAUUUUUGCUACUGUUGGGUUUUGUAGGAUUAGUACAUUGGGGUUAUUUCCUAGAAUCAGGUUUAAAAAAGGAAAAGAUCCAUUAGAUAACCUUGUUCUCACCUUCAAGUGCAGGGUUGUUUUGGAUUGUAUACUUGACUUUAGGCCAGUUUACAAUGACUCAUUCAAUAGGGUUUGCACCAUUUCCGUGAGAUUGUGCCACAGUGUAACUGAUGGUGAUUUUUGGAAUUUUAUUCUAAUGUAAUCCUAUCAGCGAGGAUUUACUUUGCCUGAAAUUCACCCCACAAGCGACCAGCAAUUACAUUUGUUUUUGUCCUAGUGCCUUUUAUCAUCUAGGUAAAGCAAAGCACUUAACUAAACAAAGCACUAAUAUUGCAGAAGCUGUUAUGGAAUCCACAACAGUACCCACCUAGUCUUGGCCUUUAGAUCCUCUAUGUGCAAAUUCUGCAAGGAACACUUUCCAAUAGCAUAUCUCCUGUUUCCACUAGCACUUAUCUGAACUCAUGUACAGUAACACUCUUCUCUCAGGAUGUUUGCACUGAACUGUAUUUAUUGGGUGCUUCAGUGAGGAAAACAAAUGUUCUGAAGUAGGUUGUUUUCCCUUUUGAUUUGAAGCCUCCAUUGAUAUGCAAAACCUUAAUCCUCUGCAGCAUUUCUAGUGAUCAUCUGAAUGGACCUUCUGUGCAUGCCGUAGACUUAAGGUUUCUGACUAGCUGUUUCUUUUCACAAGAUAUGUUUAAUGUGUGCCUGUGUCUAAAGAGAUGAAAGAAAACAUUAAAUAUUUUUUUAUGUUCC